AUGACCGUCCUUUGUUCAUCAGAGGCGCGUUGGAAGGAACCUUAUGCCAUGGCAACGAACACGCUGAGGAAGACCGAGGCGAUGGCUGUCAAGCCCGACAGUGCGAAGGAAGUAGAAGCAGCGCUCGUUGAAGAUGUCGAAGCUUGGGAAUCGACAACCGACUCGGUCGGCGAAGCACUGGGCGAGGCGGAGUCCGCAACUGGUGUCGGCGAUGCCUCGGUCGUGGUGACGGAUUCUGUUUCUGUCGGGGGCGCUGUAGCCGCAGGAGCAGCAGAAGCGGUCGAGGACGCGUCAAAGUAG